AUGGACCCCCACAACCCAAACCGCGCCCUCCGCUCCACGCCUCAAUACGCGCUCUACCAGCGGGAGAACUUCUGGAAAAGCAACGAGGGCGAGGCACCGCUGUUCAGCACAGACCCCGGCAAACUCGAAGACCUCGCAAAGGCAAAGCUCACGCAAGACGGCUGGUACUACGCCUCCAGCAACGCCGGCCAAUCCCACACGCAUACCCGCGACACUGCCACCACCAUCUUCGGGCACCGUGUCCCCGCCCCCAUCGGCUUCGCACCUGUUGGGAUAAACAAGAUCUACCAUGCGGCAGGCGAACUGCCGGUUGCAAGAGCAGCAGGUGGCCCCGGGUUGCCGUACUGUCUGAGCACCGCGGGGAGUCAGCCAAUUGAACAUGUAGCGGCCGCGAACGAUGACGGAGCUAGCGGGACGGGAGGCGUGCGCUUCUUCCAGUUAUACAUGCCACAUGAUGACGAGCUCACACGGUCGCUGCUCGAGAGGGCAGUGAGCAGCGGCUUUACAGCAUGUAUCCUUACCUUCGAUACCUGGCAACUCGGCUGGCGCCACAACGACAUCGCCACCUCGAACUACGCCUUCUACCACGGCAUCGGCGCCGAUCUAGGCCUCAGCGAUCUCGUCUUCCAAAAGCGCCUCAAGGAGCACGGCAUCGACCCGAAGAAGCAGCCCAACGAAGCCGGGUCACUCUGGAUCGACAACGUGUGGCACGGACGCGCGCACACGUGGGAGAAAGCGCAGUGGAGCGUCAAGGAUGCGGAGAAGGCGGUUGACAUUGGCGUGGACGGGAUCGUGGUGAGCACUCCAAAGCGCCUCCCAGUCGUGGGUGACAAAACCUACAUCAUGUUCGACUCGGGUGUACGCAGCGCCUCGGAUGUUUUCAAGGCGCUGGCACUGGGCGCAAAGUUCGUCUUUGUCGGCCGAUUGUGGAUCUGGGGUCUUUCCAUCAUGGGUGAGGUGGGCGUUUGGCACGUCAUGAAGAGUCUACUUGCAGACUUAGACAUCUUGCUAAACGUCGGUGGCUAUAGGAAUGUUGGGGAGAUUGGCAGGAGUGCAUUGGAUUCGGGGCCGAAGGACUAUCCGCUGCUAGUUGAAUCUGGGGCCCCGCAAAAUCACAGUGCAUAUUAG